AUAGCUCAAGCUGUGGGUAAUAGCACGGUGACUAUAAAUAUAGGAUGUGCUUCAAAUAAUGUGCCUCUAGUUAUUUCAGCUUAAAAAUCGCGCGCCUCAGGGGGUAGUACCAGUGGCGGCAUGGAGCAAGGGCGCCUGCACCACCGACCGCCAGUCGUGCCGCCCACCAGGAGGCUCGCGUUCAUCCCGGAGCCGGUGGAGCCCGAGGAGCCGCCGGCUCCGACCACCCCGCGCUGCUCGUGGCGCGUGGCUCCGCCGCCGCCACCGCCUGCCGACGCUGCCGGCCGCGCGCCCAUGUCGGAGCGACAACAGCUGGCUCUGCUGCUCCAGCUGACCUCGCCAGCGGCUCCGUCCACCCCGUCCAGCGGCGAGGGCUCCCCUGCCACCCCGUGCGGCACCACUCCGGCUCAGCGCCGGCUGCACAAGCGCAACGAGCGCGGCGAGACACCGCUGCAGGUGGCGUCCAUCCGCGGCGACCUGCGGCGCGUGCGGCGCCUCAUCGCCGACGGUGCCGACGUCAACGCCGCCGACUUUGCCGGCUGGACGCCGCUGCACGAGGCGUGUAUCCACGGCUGGUCGUCGGUGGCGCGCGCGCUGCUGACCGCCGGCGCCGACGCCAACCGGCCGGGCCUGGACCGUGUGACGCCGCUGCACGACGCGGCCGGCAACAGUCGCCGGCGGCUGGUGCGCCUGCUGCUGCAGCACGGCGCCGACCCGGCGGCCCGCACCGCGCGCGGCCAGCGGCCCGCCGAGCUCGCCUCGGAGCCGCGCGUCCGCCGCCUGCUGGAGACGGCCGCCGCCGGCGGACCGGUCAGCGACGGCAGCGGAGACAGCGAGAGCAGCGACAUCGAGGACGAGGAGGACAAGGAGAACCAGCCGGAGACCCCGCAGCGGCGUCCGAACCGGCUCACCAGUCGGCUGCGGCGGCUGACAGACGCCAUGGACGCCUCUGACUCCAGCUCGGGCGCCGCCGGCGGCGGCGGCGGCGCCGACAUGUACGACUUCAAGCCGGAGCAGGAGCGCGACUCGCAGCCCGGCGCCGCCGAUAAGGAUGAACAGAGGGAAGGUAAACAGACCGCCAGUCCGGCCCGGCAGGACGACACGCGCCCGACCGACGACGGCAAACGACCCGCGUCGGAGAUGGAGGAUGCAGACGGAGAGGAGGGUGCCAAGAAGAAGAAGAAGAAAGAGGACCUGCCCAAGCCGGCCCCCAAGUCUGGGAAGGGUGGAGAGAAAGUUGGUAAAACGACCGGCAAGUCAGUGGUUGGCGGAAAGCCGGGCAAAGGCUAUGGUAGUGGCAACGAGCGCCGCAGUCCGACGGGCUCGCAGGGCGCCGCCACCCCGCCGAAGAGUAAACCGGCGAGCCGCACCACAUCGGAUGACAGCGACGGAGAGGAGCGCCGCGAGGGCCCCAAGGUUCCGCCGCUGAAAAUCGUCAUCAACGCCGCCAGCGCCGAGCAGGAGCAGGUGAAGGGCGGCAAGGGCGCCAGCGGCGCGCGGCUGCCCUACGUGGUGGCCUCUCAGGCGGACACCGAGUCUGACGAAGUGAGCUCAGAGACAGCUGCCAGCCAGGCGGCGGCGGCGGCGGCGGCAGCGGACGGCACCGGAGAGGACGGCUCCCCGGGCGGCGGCGACAAGUCGAGCACGCCGGCGCGUGUCACCCGCUCACAGCGCGCGCUGCAGGGCGGCUCUGGCGAGGCGGCCAGUCCCGAGUCGGCCAGCGGCAGCGCGGCCGCCGACGGCGACCGGCCGACCGAGGAGGAGCCCGCCGAGCCGCCGCCGCCGCCGCCCCCGCCACCGCCGCCGCCUCCGGCUCCCACCACCACCACCGUCGUGGAACAUCCCCGGAAGCGCAAGAUGCGCCAGGCGCGUGCCACCCAGCAGGCUGCCGAGGAGGCGGCGGCGGCGGCGGCCGCGGGCGGCUCUCCGGCGCCGCCCGCCGACCCGCCCUUCAUGAACAACUACAAGGCGUUCCAGGAGAUCCGGCGGCAGAUCGACCGGCGCCGGCGCGAGCUCUUCCCCAUCACCCCCAAACCGCCGCGCGGCUUCAAGGACUACCUCAUCAACCGGGCCACGUACGUGCUGGCCGGGAACGUGCACUCGCGGCUGAGCGUGCCCACCAUGGCGCCACCGUGCAGCCUGGCCGCCGGCAUGAAGGAGCUCUUCGUGGAGCAGGAGAUCGAGCGCUACAAACUGCGACUGCAGCACAUCAUCGAGAAGGAGAAGCUGGUGCUGACGGUCGAGCAGGAGAUUCUGCGGGUGCACGGCCGGGCGGCGCGCGCGCUGGCCAACCAGGCGCUGCCGUUCAGCGCGUGCACCAUCCUCCGUGACGAGGAAGUCUACAACCUCGCCACACCCGAACAGGAGGAGAAGGACCGCAACGUGCGCGACCGCUACAACGGCCGACAGUUCUUCAGCUGGCUCCAGGACGUCGACGACAAGUGGGAGAAAAUCAAGGAGGGUAUGGUGUUACGACACCACAACGAGGCAGAGUCGCUGCACGCCGUGCAGAAGAUGGACUGGGAGUGGAAGCUGAAGGAGAUCGGCGCCUGCGACCCCCGCACCACACCCAACAUCGACGAACUGCACGUGCCCAUGGUGAAGGUCAUUGACGACUUUGACAUGCCGCCGAGUUGAGCGGCUGUGGCGAGGGCAGCUUGGGAGGGGCUUUGCUGUGCGCGGGAUCAGUGCGGGAUAGUGUCAAAAAGGCGCCGUUUCUUGGACUAUUGUGGCAAAUCCUCAUGGGCCCGUUUGUUAUAUGUAUUGUAUGUAUGUAGUGUAUGUGUAAUGUGUGGGAUGUACGCGAGUGGUCGGUCUGUGUGCCCCUCGUAGCCUGUUCGCGGUGUUCGCGGGGCCGGGCAGGGUAGCUUUUUUGCUGAUUUGCUCCUGUUGUGUGUGUAGGGGAGGGGAGUCGUCCCAGCUCUAGUGAUAUCAGUUGGGGAAACUACGAGGAGCCAAACAAAAUUGGAUCAGCCAAUCAACGGCUGGAGAUGACCAUAUAUGGUCAUAAAAUCAGACAACAUCUUUUCCAUGCAUCCUAGCAUUCAAAUGAAAAAAUAAGGCAUUAUAAUGUUUUUUAACCACACAAGGCCUACACUCACUCGGUGCACAAUGCACUGGCGGCUCUAAAUCGCAGAUUUACAAUACAAGGGCCCUGUUUCACCGGUGAUAGCAGCACGCUGCUUUUACACGUGUCAAAUUGGGUUUCCAUGGAAACAUCAACAGGCUCAUUGCUCCAACACUACCAGAAGUGUGACGUCAGCUCGCGCAAUUUGAUAGCAGCGUGGUAGCAGCGUCCCGUGAAACACCGCCAAGGUCAAACAGUGAUUGGCAAAUAUGGCGGAUUAAAACAGACGCGCCAAAAAAAUGUAAGCAGCUACACCGUGGUUUGAAAAUGUCAUUAUUUUUAUUAUUUUGUUUAUGUUUUUUCCAAUUUUGGUUGAAUUAUAAUUAUAAAAUAAAAUAUCUUCAUUCAAAUAAAAUUAAAUCUUAAAAACAAUUUUCUUUCAAAACACCAAUCCAUUUAUGGAAUGGCCAGCUGAUUGUGACGCUCAGAACCUGCAGAAAAGCUGUUUUGCUAUCGCCAUUUUCGAGUGAAUUCGCCGAAUUUAAUCAAAUGGCGUGAUUUCGCAGUGGAAAAUGGAAGCCUUUUCUCUCCGAUAAGUGGACGCGAUACCGCAAGUACCGGCACGUUAUACCGUUUUUCUUCCGUAGUAGCGAGGGCUGCUUUUAUGCCCAUAUAUGGUCAUCAAAAGUCUAUUUAUUGACCAAUCAAUUUUUGGAUCUUCGCCUCGUAGUUUCCCCAACUGAUAUGUAUAGAGGACGACCGUCCCGCACCGAAAUGCUGUGUGGACGGCACGGCAUACGUUGUACUGUGCUAUCCUCUACGACUGUUUGCUGGCAUUGUGCUGUGCUGUGCUGUGCUGGCUCCCGCGCCCUAUGUGCCGUGCUGUCUGGCGUGUGCGGAUUGCUUCCUCACCGUGCGAACGCCCGUAUCAGCGGCAGACAAUCGCUUGUGUUACGGGAUAUGUUCAAUGUUCAUUAUGUAUGUACUAAAUACAAACUUGACACCACAA